UUAAUCGGAGCCGGAAGUGCAUCAUUCACAGCUUUUAGGUCCAUACGCAUUAAUGAUCCGACAGCCAAAGUAUUAAUGAUAGGAGAAGAGCCUUUUUUUCCAUAUAUGCGACCACCUCUAUCUAAAGAAAUGUGGUAUGGUGACAAUCCAGAUAUGGCUCAGAUGCUGUCAUAUCGAUGGAAUGGAAAAGAACGUAGUUUAUUUUUUGAACCUCCAGAUUAUUAUUUCACUGUUAAAGAAUUACUUGAAAAUAAAAAUGGUGGUGUAUCUGUUAUGCGCGGUGUGAAAGUUGUUAAAAUAGACCCUAUGUCACAAAUAGUUUAUUUAGAAAAUGGUGGAAAAAUUUCGUAUGAGAAAUGUCUUAUUGCUACUGGUUCAAAACCAAAAAAUCUUCCUGUUUUUGAAAAGGUUGAGGAUUCCAUAAAAAAACAUAUAACGUUAUUUAGAACUGCUGACGAUUUUAAAAAGUUAGACAGAAUUUCUAGGAAAAUAAAUGCAAUUGUUGUUGUGGGAGGUGGAUUUUUAGGAAGUGAAUUAGUUUAUGGACUUGCUAAAAGAGGUACUAGUAGAGGUUUAAAAGUAGUUCAACUAUUCCCAGAGUGUGGAAAUAUGGCAAAAAUAUUACCUGAAUAUUUGAGUAAAUGGACAUCUAAAUUUUUACAGAAUGAAGGUAUAAAAAUUAUACCUGAAGUUACUGUUAAAUCUGUAUCACAUGAAGGAUCAAAAAUACUCUUACAUUUAAGUAAUAAUGAAGUAAUUGUUACUGAUCAUGUUGUUGUAGCUGUAGGAGCUGAACCUAAUACUGAGAUUGCUAAAGAUUCUGGUCUUGAAAUUGAUAAAACUCAUGGUGGUUUUGUAGUAAAUGCAGAACUGGAAGGUAGGAAAUAUCUUUGGGUAGCUGGAGAUGUAUCGUGUUUUUAUGAUGCAAAAUUUGGGAGACGCAGAGUAGAGCAUCAUGAUCAUGCAUUUGUAAGUGGCCGUUUGGCUGGAGAAAAUAUGACAAGGAGUGGUAAACCAUAUUUAUAUCAGUCAAUAUUCUGGUCUGAUUUAGGACCAGAAAUUGGUUAUGAAGCAAUUGGUAUUGUAGAUUCAACUUUGCCAACAGUUGGUAUAUUUACUAAAGGAACAGAAACUGAUACCCUUGAAUCUGUUGAUACCAAUGGACAAAGCAUUCAAUCUAAUUCUGAGCAAAAAAUUGUAAAUAAAAGUGAAUUAGGAGAAAAGCACAUUCAAAACACCCUUAAAGCUGAUGACAUUUAUAGAAAAGGUAUUAUAUUUUACUUGAAGGACGAUGUAAUAGUAGGCAUUGUACUCUGGAAUGUUUUCUUGAAAAUAUCUGUUGCUAGGAAAAUUAUAAAUGAAUCGUUUAAAUUUGAAGAUGUAACAGAAAUUGCAAAACUCUUCGAGUUGCAUUCUGAAGAUUAA